AUGGGGCUUCCAGGGUGCAUUGCGGAGGCCUCAGCGAACCAGGCGAUGCUCAAUUCGUCUAUUUCGAUUCCUCCUCACGUUACGGGGCCUGUGAACACCACACAAGCGAAUUCAACAGUGUUAAAUGCUCCUCAAGUUACGCCUGCACCGAACCAGGCCACUGUAGAGGCCGGUGAAUUCAUGUUCACUCUAGUUAACUCUCACACGGCUCCGGUCGUGACGAUACAUGCGCAUGGAGCCGGUAACCCGGGAGCAGUCGGGAAAGACAACGAGCCACACACCAUGAGCCGAGGCCAAACCGAUACGUUCGCAGUACCGACUGGAUGGAGCGGACGGGUAGCCAUGUUCGAGGAUGGGUAUCAGAAGAUUCUCGAUCGAGCUACACUGUUGGAGGGUUCCUUCAUGGUCAACCAGGGCAGCGCACGCAUCGCUCUAGAUGUCAGCUACGUUGACGCUUUUACCGUACCGAUGGUGUGCGAGUGCAAUGACGUCGUAGUAUUGGGCUGCAACCUAAAUAUGAACGACAUUUGCCCGCAAAACCUCACGUUGAAUGCGAAGACUUGCAAGAACCCCAACAGAGAAGUCUUACACGGCGCUCCCGCUCACAACCCUUUCGGGGCUUGUAAAGGUAUGGCGUACACGUAUCCUCAAGAUGACUUGGCCACCAAGUACGACAUGCCUGGAUGCAGCCGCAGUACCACUUGCUGUAUCGGGACAGCCUGCAAGCCUCAUCCUGGGCAGACACUAUGCCCAGCGGGAAAUGGCCAGACGCGGCCAUGUGCUACACCAUAA